AUGGGGCCCUGCCUGAUGCUGGGAGCUGUGCUGCUGGCUGUGAUGUGUCCACGAGCGUUGUCACAGAUCACAACCCCGCUGCAGCUGCCCCCCAACGUGACGGGGCUGUCGGACAAGCUGUCCUACAUCCUCACGGUGGAGGGGAAGCCAUACACCAUCCACCUCGAGAAGCAUCUCUUUAUACCUGAGGAUUUUAGGAUUUACGUGUCAGAUGAGACAGGAUCCUCGAUGGCUGAUUUGACCCAUAUCAAGGGCGACUGCUACUACCGUGGCUCCAUCGAGGGCAUCCCUGGUUCAGCAGUGACCCUCAGCACCUGUGCAGGGCUCAGGGGCCUGCUGCAAUUCCACAACGCCAGCUUUGGGAUCGAACCUCUGGGCUCCUCUCCCACCUUCGAGCAUUUCGUUUAUCGGCUGAGAAAUGAGAACACGGCGGGGUUCCUGUUUGCUCAGAGCCACCCCAGGGCUGCAGGAAGAGGGAUGCAGGAGCCACCAUUGGAUGCAGCCCAGUUGCCCAAGUACAUUGAGGUGUAUGUGGUUCUGGACAAGGCUCUGCACAACUAUUUGGGCUCAGACCAGAACGCUGUGACACAGAAGAUGAUCCAGGUUUUCAAUUUAGUGAACAGUAUCUUUAAUCCCCUGAAUGUGACCGUGGUGCCGUCCUCCCUGGAGCUCUGGAUGCAGCAGAACAAAAUCCCAACGGAUGGAGCAGCAGAUGAGCUUCUGCAGCGGUUCCUGCAGUGGAAGCAGUCGCACCUGGCUCUGCGGCCACACGACGUUGCCUGUCUGUUUGUGUACCGGGACCAGGCUGACUUUACAGUGGCAACAUCUCCGGGCACGCUGUGCCGCAGUGAUGCAUCUGGUGCUGUGGCCGUGCUGCAGCGCGCCGUGACUCUGGAAUCGUUCUCCGUCGUCCUGGCGCAGCUGCUGGGGCGCAGCCUGGGCAUGGGGUUUGAUGAUGGCCGGGGCUGCCGCUGCCCCACACACACCUGUGUCAUGGAAUCGAGAGCACUACGCAUCGGUGGGGCAAAGACCUUCAGCAGCUGCAGCGCUGCAGACCUGGAGCAGUUCCUGUGGCAAAACCCAGAGUGCCCCUUCCUCGGUGUCCUGCAGGUGCACCCCGACCCCAGAGCCGCCGUCUGCGGCAACGGCGUGGUGGAGCACGACGAGCAGUGCGACUGCGGUGGCGAUGUGGCGUGUGCCGUGGAUGCGUGCUGCACUACGCAGUGCAAGCUGAAGCCCGGCUCGGAGUGUUCCUUGGGACUGUGCUGUGAAAAAUGCCAGUUCAAAGCUCCCAACACUCCGUGCCGCCCCCCCGCCGACGCUCAGUGCGAUCUGCCCGAGUUCUGCAACGGCUCCUCUGCCUCCUGCCCCCCUGAUGUCUACGUGCAGGAUGGGCACAGCUGUGAGCACAGCACAGGCUACUGCUACCAGGGGCGCUGCCAGUCGGCUGAGCUGCAGUGCCAGCAGCUCUAUGGGAGAGGUGCAAAAAACGCCCCUUUGGCGUGUUAUGAAGAAAUCAACAGUCAUCAGGAUAGGUUUGGGCACUGCGGCAAUCGGCUGCUGGAUGGCUACCAGCCCUGCUCCUGGCUGAAUCUGGGCUGUGGAAAGCUCAUCUGCACAUACCCAAAUCAAGUUCCCUUCACCAAAUUAAAGGGUGCCAUCAUUUAUGCUCAAGUGCAAGAACAUCUGUGCGUGUCUUUUGAUGUCAUGCAUGCACCCAGUGAGGCAGAUCCUCUCCUGGUUAAGGACGGCACAAAAUGUGGUCCUGGAAAGGUGUGCAUGAAUGGCACGUGCCACCCACACUCCAUUCUGAACUAUGACUGCAAUGCAGAGAAAAAAUGCCAUGGGCAUGGGGUGUGCAAUAACAAGAAAAACUGCCACUGCCAGCCAGGCUGGAAUCCACCCCACUGCAGCACGCGGGGAUCUGCGCUGGGUGGCAGCACUGACAGCGGGCAGCGGCUGCGGGAAAUGGAGAGCCAUGCCCCGAAGGUCUCUCCGAAGGUUAUGCUGAAAAACGCGCUGCUGCUGAGCUUCUGCCUCCUCGUCCCCAUCCUCAUCUGCAUCGUCAUCCUGAUCAUGAAGUGGAGCCGGCUGAUGCGGCACUGUGCCAGGAGUGAGGUGGAAGCUGCUGACUCCGCCGACGAGGAGACCAGCAGCAUCGGGAGCAACGAGAGCAGCGGGAGCAGCCAGAGCAGCCGUGCGGGGAUGGAGCCGGAGCCGGAGCGUGGCUCGGGGCAGCGCGCGGGGGAUUCACGCGAGCAAUAA